AUGGAUGAGAAGCUUAAGGAAAUCUCAAGGUUAGUGAGUGAAGUCAAAAGGAAACUCGAAGUAAUAAUCCAAAGUAGCUCCCACAUCAAAGAGUUUAACUACAAGGUGGAGGCACUACUGGCAGCCUUUGACGCAUACACAAUCCGUGGUGUUGAGCACAAUCUAGACUUGGACAAGACUUCCCAAACCAUAGUUUUUCCUAAGAAAGUUAUUCCUAAGGAAAAAACUAAAGAAGAGACAACAUCAUCUUUCUCAAACAUAAGAGGAGAGGAAAGCUUGCAGGAGUUUAUAGAAAGAAUGGGAUCCACCACAACUGGUAAUAAGCUAUUCAGGAACAAUGCUGCAAAAAUAGCAAGGUUUCUUUAUGAUAAUAGAGAAGGAGCCGUGCUGGAAGAAAUUAUCAAAAACACAGGAAUCUCAAGAUACAGAUGUGUCGACAUUCUUAACACAAUGCUCAGAGCAGACCCUCCUCUUGUUUCAAAAAAAUUCGAUAAGGGAUUUAUUUAUUCGAUUGUGCUCCUCUAG